AUGUCAGGGAAGAAACAGAAGAGUAUUCUUUCGUUUUGGGCGGCUCAGCCAUCAAAAAAGGUUUCCGGGUCAGAUGAGGUAGGCCUACCGGUGGAAGAGGCCGUGUUUGAGACAGCAAGGGAGACGUUAGGGGAGAUAGUGAGAGUGGAGACUGAAGAAGUGACAGUGGAAGAGAGUAAGGAGGCGACUGAAGAAGAGAGUGUGGAGACAAGAAGAGCUGAAGUUAAAGUGGCUGCUGUGGCCGUGGUGCAGCACGAUGUUCCAUUUGCCAUGGAGGAACAUUUCAGUCCAUUGUUCAGGGAUUGCUUCAAGGACUCUGUCACAGCACAGCAUUACAAAUGUGCCAGCACAAAAACAACGUGCAUGAUAAACGAAGCUGUGGCACCGCAUUUUAGGGAGGAGCUGGUCACCAAGAUGAAGACCAAUCCCUUCACUCUAAUAAUAGAUGGAUCCAAUGAUACAGGACGAGAGAAAAUGAACCCCCUCACGGUCAGAGUGUUUGACGGCAAGGCUGUUGUUCACAGACAGAGAUUUUUGGAAGUGACUGGAUUUGACCCCGAAGAUCUUGCAGUGGAUGUUGGGCACUGGUUUAGAGGCAGUACGAACCGUAAAGAAUUCUGUGAGUUGCACGAAUACGACUAUAUGGAGAUACUUCAGCGUAUUUCCAUUCGUUGGCUGAGCCUGGAGCGGUGUUUGACACGGAUUCUACAGCAAUAUGAGCCACUCACCAGCUAUUUCAAGUCGUCAAAUGAGAAACAACCAAGGUUCAGAAGGCUGGUGGAUGCAUUCUGUAACCCACUGACAGAGGUCUACCUGCUCUUCUAUCAUGCAACGUUGCCAGCCUUCUCCUUCAGAGAGAGAAAUCCUCAAUCUUCCUUCUCUAUGAAGAGGACAGAAGCAGAAUAUUGGGUUUACAACCCGAGCAACGCUCAGCAGGCUCCUUGA